AUGAAAUUGGAAUCAAUUGCUGUCUUUGCUGGUAUUGUUUCCACUGCGCUUGCUGGUGUUUAUCAUAAGCCACCACCAGCUACUACGUAUUGGACUACAAUCUAUGCUCCUUCAACAUCUGUCGUUACUGUCACUUCUUGUUCCAAAGGUGGAUGUGGCACUCAAUCCUAUGCUACUGGUGUCACUAAAACCAAGACUGUCCAUGAAGGUGUGACUACUGAAUAUACUACUUAUUGUCCAUUGACUACAUCCCACGAAGUUGUUAAAUCCACUUGCUCAGAUACACUUGUUGUUUGGUCUACUAGAUCUUUCUCCUGGGUUUGGUCAUUCUCAAAACCAGACGGAUGUGGCCAAAGUACUUCCACCAUUAAAACUACUGCUCAAACCGAUGUCCCUACUACUGCUACUGCUACUCCAUCUGUUUCUACUACUUGCACCACUGGAACCAAAACCAAAUGGUGGUGGGUUAUAAAGACUACUGAUUGCUCGGUUUACACUGUUUCAUCUACAUCAUCUUCCCUUAUUUCCACUAGUCAAGUUACCAGUAGUAGCAGUAUUGCAUCUACUACAGCUACUGCACCAGCAACUCCAUCUGUUUCCACAACUUGCACCACUGGAACCAAAACCAAAUGGUGGUGGGUUAUAAAGACUACUGAUUGCUCGGUUUACACUGUUUCGUCUACAUUAUCUUCCCUUAUUUCCACUAGUAAAGCUACCAGUAGUAGCAGUGUUGCAUCAUCAACUGGGUCAACUCCAGCUACUACCCCAGGUUCAAGUAUUGAGUCUACUCCAGCUACUACUCCAGGUUCAAGUACCGAGUCUACUCCAGCUACCGCUACAGGUUCUAGCACUAAAUCGACUCCAGCUACCACUCCAGGAUCAUCUGUUACUACUGGUAAAACAAGUACUGAUUGGAUUACUUCAUUUACCACCCACACCGCUCAUACUACUACUGUUAUCACUGUUACUGAUUGCGAUCACCAUAGCUGUACAUCAAACGUUGUUACCACAGGGGUUACUGUUGUGACAGUCACUACUACCGGUACCGUCACUGAAUACACAACUUACUGUCCAUUAACUUCAACAGAAACUAUUGUGACAAGUAAAACAACUUCAGCUACCACACCAGGUUCAUCUAGUGUUGAAUCCACACCAGGAUCUAGUUCUGCUACUACACCAGGAUCAAGUUCUGCUACCACACCAGGAUCUAGUUCUGCUACUACUCCUGGUUCAAGUUCUGCUACCACACCAGGUUUAUCUAGUGUUGAAUCCACACCAGGUUCAAGCUCAGCUACUACUCCAGGAUCAAGUUCUGCUACCACACCAGGUUCUAGUUCUGCUACUACACCAGGUUCUAGUUCUGCUACCACACCAGGUACAUCUAGUGUUGAAUCAACUCCAGGUUCAAGUUCCGCUACCACACCAGGUUCAUCUACUAUUGAAUCCACAUCAGGUUCCAGCUCUGCUACCACACCAGGAUCUAGUUCUGCUACUACUCCUGGUUCAAGUUCUGCUACCACACCAGGUACAUCUAGUGUUGAAUCAACUCCAGGUUCAAGUUCCGCUACCACACCAGGUUCAUCUACUAUUGAAUCCACAUCAGGUUCCAGCUCUGCUACCACACCAGGUUCUAGUUCUGCUACCACACCAGGUACAUCUAGUGUUGAAUCAACUCCAGGUACUAGUACAGGAUCAUGUUGGGUUUCUGUUUCUACUGGUGGAUAUGGUUAUGAGACAACUGUGACUAUUUGCUCUGAUGUUACUUCUGGACAAAGUGUUACCACUCCUACUACCAUUUCAGUUCCAUCUACAUUCUGCACCACUGUUCCAACUGCUGGUACUGAUGAAACAGUUAUAACUUCGUAUGUCACCUCAACUGCACACUCAACUGAAGUCAUUACUGUCACUAGUUGUGCUGAUAAUGGUUGUCAGACGCACACUACUCAUACUGGUGUUGUCGUUGUUACUGUGACUACCACUGAUGUUGCUACAACAUACACAACCUACUGUCCAUUGACUACAACUAAAGCUGUGUAUCGUGUUGCUAAACUUGCAAACUACAAGAGAGAUCAAACUGAAUUUAUUGCUACUGAAACCAACGAAAACACUAGCAAUUGGCCAGCUCCAACUUUAGUUCCAUAUGUUGGUAUUUCCAAUGACAGUUCUGCAGCCGUUAGUACUUUUGAAGGUGCAGCUAAUUCAGUUGUUCCAAGAUUAGGCCUCAUUGCCGGUUUCCUCAGUGCAUUGUUAUUUUUGUUUUAA